AUGCGCGCGGUAGGUUUGUAACAGCAAUGGCGUCUAAAGCAGGUCGUCGAGGGACCAAGCGCAAAGCGGAAGUUCAGGCUGAGGAGGAGAAACCGUCCGUGGACAAGAAGGACAGAGGAGAGGCAGAGAACGACCAGGAGGGUCAAAGGCUCGUCAUUGAACACUGUAAGAGCUGACGAGUGUAUGGGCGUAAUGCCGAGGAGGUGAAAACUGCCCUUCUGGCUGCCCACCCUGGACUGACUGUGGUCCUCAACCCUGAGAAACCCCGCAGGAACAGCUUCGAGAUCACUCUGCUGGAUGGAGGCAAAGAAACAUCUCUGUGGACUGGCAUUAAGAAGGGUCCGCCUCGUAAGCUGAAGUUUCCUCAACCUGAUGUUGUAGUUGCCGCUCUACAUGAGGCUCUGAAGGCUGAGUAGUCAUCCAGUGAAGCCAAGAUUUCAGGAGAUGUGGCCCAUGGAAGCAGAAUGAUGAGGAGUGACCAAUGGGAUGCUCUCAGUCCCUCCUCUGAUGAUCCAAGCUCCAGCAGCUCGCAUCUCCUGGACACAUGGUGACACCUAGUGGAGCAUCUCUGAACAAGAUGCAUAGUCCUGCGUUUUUUCUCCAUUUCUCAGCGGUUUAUUGUGUUUUUAUAUCUGUUUUUGGCAAAUAAAGUGUUUCUUGUUUCUUA